CGUUCCCGUUAACGGUAAAGUUAAGAAUCCCAGCAGAAAUUACUUAAAGCAAAAUUAUAAGAAAUGAUAGUGUGCGUAUUGUGAGGUAUAAAUAUCGCGUGUUGGCACGCCCGAAGAAAAAACAUGUUUUUAAACUUACCGACCUUCGUUAAAUUAACGUCUGUUAAUUUAUAACUGCAUAACUUUAUGGGACACGCUCAUGACGCCAUUUGUUUGCUGCUUUACUGACCUUUACACUGAAAAUGUCAGUGCCAGGCUUUUAACCGAGCAUGGUGCAGGGCAGGUAUGUGUGUGCACGCAGUGUUAUUUUGUCCUCUAAGAUAAACAUGAGAGCCCACUUGAGUGAUAUCAUUUUUCUCUGUGGAUUUUUUCUUAUUUGCUCAUCUGAAGUAGCAGGUCAAACAUGCAGGGGGAAGUGUGGAGAUGUAUUGGAGGAAUGCUCCUGCCAUGCAACCUGUGUGUCUUUGCUGACCUGCUGUGCAGACUACAACCAGUCAUGUUUACAGGUGACGCCUCACUCCAGCUCCAUGCUGGGUGGAAGAGCUCUCAGGAUCCUCAACAUGGUCCUUCAGCCUGGUGGGCGCCUUCUCUGCAGAUUCAAAGGUGAGAUUGAACGAGAGGGAUUUAUUGACGCCGACGGCCACGGCUACUGUAUCUCUCCUCUCCUGUACGAGACGGGGUGGAUACCAUUUACUGUCUCAACAGAUGGAAUACAUUUUGACAGAUCUGGAGAGUACUUGUCAGUUAACCCCAGUAAAGCGGAGGAUGACUCCAAAGUCAUCCUGGUGAAUACAACGCAGUGGUUGAACUACGGUACACCAAACAUGGCAGGACGGCUUCAGAUGACAUGGAACAGCUCUUUGAUCAGCGCUGAGAAGGUCAACAUAGAGCUGUGGGGUUACAGAGAGUUCAGCAGGAGCACAGAGGCGACUGGAUCAUCCUCUCUGCAGGCCGAGCUGAGCUAUCUGUACUCUCUCGGGAGGAGUCUGUCCAACACGGGUGCCUUCAGCUUCAUUCCAGAGCCCUCGAAGGACUUCUCUGGCUGGGUGUUGGGGAAUAUCCGCAUCACUGCCAGUUCUGAGUUGGAUGGAGCAAGGGAUGUACAGGCGCUCUGGAGUGGAGGUCAUAUCUUAGCCUGGCACCUGGAGCAGGCUUUCAGAGACGACUCUGCAGCCUGGGCCGAGAACAAGUGUCUGCAGUGGGACGUCCUGGAGACGACGCUGCCCAACUUCCUGGAUGAGCUCAUUGACUGUCCUUGCACUCUGGCACAGGCCCGAGCAGACACAGGCAGGUUUCAUACUGACUAUAGUUGUGACAUUGAGAGGGGCAGUGUGUGCACUUAUCACCCAGGUAGUGUCCACUGCGUCAGAGCAAUUCAGGCCAGCCCUACACAUGGAUCGGGGCAGCAGUGUUGCUAUGACAGCGCAGGCGCUUUGGUCCUGACAGCAGACUCGUCUGGUGGCAGCACACCAGACAGGGCUCACGACUGGGGAUCACCUCCAUACAGGGAGCCACCACGGGUGCCGGGGUACUCCCACUGGCUUUAUGAUGUCAUGAGUUUCUACUACUGCUGUCUUUGGUCUGACCACUGCCACGUCUACCUAAACCAUCGACCUUCUAGCGGGUGUCGCAACUACCAGCCCCCAAGAGCUGGGACAGUUCACCCCCAAAUCGAAGACCAGGGAGAGGAAGGGGGCGAGGGGGUAGAGGCGGUGCAGGAACGGCCAGGCGAAGAGAUGUGUCUUGGCAACCCAGAGGGAAGAGGAGGAGGAGGAGAGGGUGGCAGCCUUCGCACCAGUGUCGUCCUCGGGGAUCCACAUUUCAUAACGUUCGACGGCCUAAGCUACACUUUCAACGGCAAAGGAGAGUACUACCUCGUGUCUUCUCCAGACAGAGAGCUGAGUGUUCAGGCCAGAACAGAACAGGUGAAACUUGAGAACGGUACCUUGGCCAGAGCCACAUGGCUGUCAUCUGUGGCUAUGAAGGAGAAGACCUCUGAUGUCAUCGAGGUGCGUCUGGCAGAAGGCCAUCUCCAGGUGCUGAGGAAUCAGAAGGUCCUACCGUUCACUGAGCAAAGAUGGAUGGACCUACACGGAUUAUUCGUGUUCGCCCCCAGCCCUCAGAAUGUCACUGUAAUCUUCCUCUCUGGUGUUGGCGUGGAGGUUCGUGUGCAAGAGGGAGCCAUGGCGGCGACAGUGCUGCUUCCAACAGAGUUUACCAACCACACUCAGGGUCUCCUCGGUCUGAUGAACUCUGACCCAUCAGACGACUUGCAGACCAAGCUCAGAGAGGUCAUCUCCCCAGGCGACGCCACGCCGGAGGAAAUCUUCACCUUUGGAGCUGGCUGGAACAUUUCAAAGAAGUCUUCCCUUUUCACAUACGACUCAAAGUACCUUUUGGAGACCUACUAUUUCCCACCGAGCCACGAUCCUGCUUUUGUUCCUGCCUUUUCGCUACCUGAGACACCUGACGACCCUCUGGUGGGAGACAUGUUGACGAUGUGCUUUGGGGAAGGAGCAGCAUUCUGUAAAUAUGAUACCCUGACCACUCGGAGCCUCACGAUGGGAAACGCCACACUCAGGGCCUACCAAAGUCAUCAGGCCCAAAUGAAAGCCCUGGAGCCAGUGGUGUCUUGUGGCUGGCUUCAGACACCCAGGAAUGGGAAAAAGAGUGGGACACAUUACCUAGAAGGGAACACUCUGAGCUUCACCUGCAGUACAGGCUAUACACUGUACGGUUCAACAGAGCGCACUUGCCUGGACGAUGGGACCUGGACAGGAGAGACACCCUACUGUGUAACAGAUGAUAAGGUGGGGUUUAUACUUGGCGCUGUUGGUUCCCUGUCAGCACUGGUCACAAUGGGAAUAAUGAUCCACCGGCACAACAGGAAACAAGACAGAGAGAAAAAAGAGGACCAGAUGAUGACUCAAGAACAACCUUGCUAAACCAUCAAAGUUCUUCCGGAUUAUGGAUUACACCGCUCCACAUCGAAACCUGCAACUAUGUGGCCUAUGGCAACAAAUGUGUUUAGAGCUCAGCAUUUGGAAACCCCGUGCAGUUGUGUUGUUUGUUAGGACAGUGGUCUUUUCUUGACCUGUUGACCCUGUCAGGAAAAAACCUCAGGCGCUAGUUAGGCUUUCAGCGUGUUGUUUAGCCUCAUGUUUUCCCUCUUGUUUAGUUUGGAAAACCUCCAGGUCGUGGUAAAUGGAGCAUGGGGGUGAGGAUUGAGGGCACUGAGGUAAAGGGAAAAAUGCUGAUGAUUGUUUUUAUAUUCCCGUUUUUGCAUGACUGAACGUCCGAUCUUCGCUAGAGAGAAAACUGUAUAAAUACUACACAGAGAUAUCAUCAUCACAAUCAACGCUCCCUUCUCCUGUUCAUUUUAAAAUAGGACCAGAUGUGUUCAUGUUGGUGUCACAUGUGAAGUGAACCCGAUCAUUUUUUUUUGGUUGAGAGACUUUGAACUGGUGUGCAGCCUUUGUGUGGGCUCAGAGCCUUCAGUCAAACGAAGGGUUUUGCUGAGUGACUGAGAAAGAUACUCCACAAAUGUUACGCAGAGGUCACCUUUUUGCACAAUGUCAACACCCUCUGAGGGUUGUUUUUAUACUAUUGCAUAUUUGAAGACUGAUUAAACGCACAUGCUUUCAUUAAAAUCAAGAAAUGAUAUUGCAUUGCCUCGUUUUUAACAAACUGGCUGUUUAUCCAGCGGCGUGUUGUCUUUGUGAAUAUUUGCUGCUCAGUAAUAAAGAAUCAACCCCUCUUCAA